CAACAUAAUGACAAAGUACAAAAAAAAAAAAUGGAUUCCUUGUUGUCUUAGUUUAUCUCGACUUGUUUGUACUCACUUUUAUUUCUAUGUUAUUAAUAGAUCGCACGAAUUGGAAGACCUUUCAGAUGAUGAAGCUUUAUUUGAAGAACUAGAAAGGGAUGAUGAUGAUGCCAUGGCCAAGAUACGGGAACAACGUAUUCGAGAAAUCCAACAAGAAUUGGAACGACGUCAAGUGUUACAAGAUAAUCAACAUGGGAUCUAUACUGAAAUCGAAAAGGAAAAAGAAUUCAUGGACACUACAGUGAAAGAAAAGUAUAUGGUGGGGCACUUUUAUCAUAAGGAUUUCCGACGUUGUAAGAUUAUGGACUCUCAUUUGGAACAAUUAGCAGAAAAAUUCCCUGAUACCCGGUUUGUCAAGAUUAGUGUGGAAAAUGCUCCUUUCUUGGUGGAAAAAUUACAGGUUCGCGUGUUGCCUUGUGUCAUGGGUUGGGUGGAUGGUUUUAUCAAAACAAAGUUGGUAGGAUUUGAUGAACUAGGCAAUACAGAUGAUUUUAGCACCAAUAUGUUACAAGUACAACUAGUGAAUGCAGGUGUGAUUCGGAAGAAGGAACAAACUACCAUACAACAAAAGAAAUCCAUUUUCCAAAAAGUGGAUAGUGAUGAUGAAGAUUAUGACGACUGAUAGUAUUCCCCAUGAGUUACUUUUUUUUUUUUAUCUCUGUUUGACAACAACAACAAUAUAUAUAUAUAUACAACAUACCCAUCCAUUCUAUUUUUUUUAUUGUGUUUAGUUUUAGUAUUGUAAUGUUGAAAUAAAAACAAAUUAUUUUAGAGUGUAUGGAUGUCGAUAAU